UGACUGUAUUGGUCCUCCAUUGUUGCUGUAGCCAAUAGGCAAUAUCUAUUUCCGAGCGUUACCCAUGACAUCAUCAGAGAGUCACGCCUACUUGUACUGGCAAUGCAAAUAUAGCCUAGAUCUGAAGCGUUUUACGAAGAGUGAGAAGUUCCGUGGGAUUGAACCAAAACACUUUGGCCAUCAGAGGGAGUAGAGUUUCUUAUUUCUGCAGUGCAACGCUUUUUGGUGUGUCACUUGUUUCUGCAACGUCUUUAGAAACACGGGACUUAUCUUUGUAGUCAUUUCGAACAGUGUUGGGAUCCGUGCUUCAACGAUAGUACAACUCUUCAGAAAGAAUAUUUUUACGGUUACAGAAACGGCGCUUCGUGACUUAGAACGAGUUGAUGCCUAUUUUCUUUGAACAAAUAUUUAAACUAUCUGGAUUAAGGAUUCGUGGACAACCAACUCUUCAGUCAGAUCUUUCUUCUUGAAAUUUGGCUGUCUAAAAAUGUUGUGGAAGCUAGCAGAUAACGUAAAGUACGAGGAGGACUGUGAGGAAAGACAUGAUGGCAGUAGUAAUGGGAACCCAAGGUUACCACACUUGCCCGCCGUGAGCCAGCAUCUCUAUAGCCCGGCUCCAUCUCUGUCGCAUUCGGGCAGCUCUGACUUCCAGCCGCCGUACUUCCCUCCCCCCUACCAACCUCUAUCGUAUCCUCAGUCCAGCGACCCCUAUUCCCAUAUUAGUGACCCUUUCAAUAUCAACUCUAUACAUCAGUCCCAAGCAUCCAGCCAGCAGCAGUCAUGGCCUGGUCGUCAGAGUCAGGAGAUUGGACCCCGCAGCGGCCUUGCCAGUCAGAUACUGGGUCUGGACGGUGGCUCGUCAGGGUUGAGAAGAGAAGGAUUUCGACGACCGGAGCUUCUACCUUCACAUGUCCAAGGCAUCGACUCUAUUGGAGAGAACAUGGGACUACACGAGAUGGGUCACGGUUUAGACGAUGUUCAGCAUGUGGAUGAUCACAGUAUUGGAAUGGCAGACCAGACAGUGAUCAAAAAAGUAUUAGGACUAAGAAGUGGCAGGAACCAUGAUCGUUUACAGAGGACUUAUUUUGAGGGUGGCUUUUUUGCGGGUCCCGUGUCUCUACCAAAGGGGAAUGCCCUUGGGCUCCCCUACCAGAAGGAGUCCCUGCUGGGCAUGGUGUCCAACCCCACGGAGGUGUUCUGCUCAGUGCCAGGGCGCCUCUCGCUGCUCAGCUCCACGUCCAAGUACAAAGUGACGGUGGCGGAGGUGCAACGGCGCCUGUCUCCCCCAGAGUGUCUCAAUGCCUCCCUGCUGGGGGGUGUUCUGCGAAGGGCCAAGUCGAAGAAUGGUGGCCGGUCCCUAAGAGAGAAGCUGGAUAAAAUUGGCCUGAACUUACCUGCCGGACGGAGGAAGGCUGCUAACGUCACAUUGCUCACUGCACUUGUAGAAGGAGAGGCCGUGCACCUGGCCAGAGAUUUCGGCUAUGUGAGUGAGACGGAGUUUCCGGCAAAAGCGGUUGCAGAGUACCUGGGCCGGCCACACGUGGAACGUAAUGAGAUCAACUCCCGCAAAAACAUGCUCCUGGCUGCCAAACAAAUCGUUAAGGAGUUCACUGACCUGCUGAGUCAGGACCGCUCCCCGCUGGGGAACUCCCGUCCCGCGCCCAUCCUGGAGCCUGGCAUCCAGGGCUGUUUGACCCACUUCAGCCUCAUCACCCACGGCUUCGGCUCCCCAGCCAUCUGUGCCGCCAUGACCUCGCUGCAGAACUAUCUGAACGAGGCGCUCAAACAGGUGGACAAAAUGUACCUGAGCUCGGGCAGCGACACGCAAGGCUCUUCCGACAGCGGCGGCAAAACCUCAGAGAAGAUGGACAAGCACAGGAAGUGAGGGGCCUGGGGCCUGGGGGGCCCCCCGAACCAGACAGGAAACAGACUGUCCCUCCAGCUCUUACUUUUUUGCGUCUGAAACUACAUUUACUUGUCACGUGUUUGUCGAUGUUUGCUAUUUCAAUUUUAGAACCUGAUUUUGUCCACUUGUCACAUACCUACCCUCCAGAUCUUUGAUAUCCAGAAAAAAUUUUCCCUGACAUUUUUGAAAGAAAAAAAAAGACAUUUCACACUUCUUUUAUUUUUGCCCGUUGGUUGGUCUCUCUGAAGUUCUCUGGGUUCCAAGUGUGCAAGUGGUCUACAGAUUUUUCUACAACAAUAGUGGCCUUUGGGCAGUCUUUUUGGCAGAGGACAGAGCAGGCUUGUUUUCCCGAGGACAUCAUUUCAAGAUGGCUGGCUGCGAGUGUAAACUCUCUCAUACUUUGAUUUUGUGUGUGUGUGCACGCACGUGUGUGUGUGUGUGAUAGAGAGAGAGAGAGAGAGAGAGAGAGAAAGAGAGAGAGUGUGUGUGUGUGUGCAGGAGGUGGAGGGCAUGCAGUUUCCUCCCUCUUUUCCAUAGAGGUGCUGAUUCCGUAUCGGACACGCAGAGAAUUGAUGCUGUAUUUUAGAGAAGACGUUAUUUGUUCUUUGCUUGUACUUUCAAAUGUCUUCAAUGGCAACAGUGUUAUUGUGUUUUUGACCAUGGGAGUGAUAUAAGUUGUUGUAUGUGAGAGUGAAGUGUAUGCAUGGGUAUGAAAGAAUUCAUUAUGUGUUAAAUAAUAGCUAAUACUGAAAUAGUACACUAAAAAAAAGUGAUGAAAAGUCUCUGUCAUGGUAAGAGGAACUGGAUAUCAGUUAAGUGUGAAAUUAAAUUAAUUUACUUUUUCAAUUAAAUCAUAGAAAUUCCGAAAUUUUAAAAGUACACUUAAGUGCGUGCUAAUAUAAAUCAUUUGAAAGCCAUUUGUUGUAUGCAUGUAUGUCUGUAUGUAUAUACAUUUGUAUAUAUUUCUUUUUAAAGGAGUGCUUUAAAUUAGAAAUUGGAGUAAAACUGAGGAUUUUUCACUUAACUUCCCCUGAAUGUAAAUAUUUUCUAAUUUAUGUUGUAAUUCAAUGUGAUCUGUAAAUAUUGGUACAAUGCUGGUGUAAGGUUUAACUUUUUAAAAUGUGUUAAACUUUUGUAAAUGGGUUAGUUUUUUACCCUUUAGUGGCUAGACAAUGGGAAUGAUGUGCUUCCCAUGUAUGUGUAAACUUCCAAAGGUACUGGGGCAAAAAAGAAUAAAAACUUGAUGCUGUUUCUAAUUUCAUUUGUCACAGUCUUGCCAUUUUAUAUAUAGGACUGUCUGAGAAAGGCACACUUCAAUAGCCAUUCAGCCCUUUUAGUGAAGCGUGCCGCUGAUGAUUUUGGCCAAAGCUUGUCUGUGGAGUUUCUAUCUGGAUAAAUGGCAAACCAACCAACAGUAGGGACAGUGGACAUCAUUAUCUGAUCUUUCCUAGCAGCGUUGCACAGGGCCAUGAGAGAGAUAAAUUGUGGUUCUGGUUCACAUUCAUUGUUGCACAUGAUGAUUUAUGUCUUGGCUUUUUUGUCUUUCUCAGAAAGUCUGGCUUUUCCUCUUGAAAACAUAAACAAUUCCUAAAGUCCAUUCAAAUAUUCAUCCACUCUUCAUUGAUACAUGUAUUAUUACAAACACACAUUGUUUUAGACUGUCCUCUUUGAAUAACACAACAUUGCUAUACUCCCUGUUAUUGUGGCUCUCCAUUAUCUGUCUUUAAGGCUUAUUACAAACUGUAAUUACUAUUCAUUUUUUAAAUAUGUCCCUAGUGCAUAAACAAGCACGCAACUCUGGUACUAAACUUGAAACUAUUCCAUGUAUUCCAAAAAUGCCAGGGCUCAAAAUAAAUAUGAAAACCCUUUUACAAUGCAACUGAUUUUUGUGUGAACUUACC